GUGAGAUUGUACGUUGGGAACCUUCGGCGGUCAAUGCAAGCAGUGCGUUCUUCCGCGAAUUGGCCUCGUACCUCGAGGUUGAACAGCUUGAACGCUAUAUAAAACUAAGUACGGGCCAAUUUACUCUUCAUCUUUCUUUUGGUGCCGACUAAAACAGUGUGGUGCUAAGUGUUUGGGUUCCAGUGCACCCCUCGACCUAGUGGAUUACUUUUCCAAAUUAGAAUACAACAAUGAGAUUUACCGUAGUACUUGCUUUCCUAACAUAUUUAGUAACGUUAGCGAGGGCGCAAUAUAAUUUUGGAGUAUUCGGCGACCCAUUUAGAAGUAUCGGGGGUGGUCUAGGAUCCCUACAAGCCAUGAGAGAUCCCAGACAAAACACAGGACCCGUGGUGUUCCCUCCAGCACCCCCAGAUAGCGGCGAAACUAGCGGGGUGGUCGUGGGAGCAUCGGGGUACGGAUUUGUACCACCACAAAGUCCCCAACGUGGAUAGAUUUAAUUAGUUUUUAAAUAAGCAUAGAGGAAUGGUCACCCUACAACUCGUUUUUCUCUUUCUUUUGAAGUAUCAACAAUGACCAUUCGCUUAAUUCAUGAAAUUAGGUUAUAAUUUGACUUUUAUAUUUAGUAAGAUUUUUUAUAAAACGCAUUAGUAUAAUUAUUUAUUGAAAAUUUUGUAAAAAAUCUUACCGAAUAUAGUUCAAGGUGCAAAUACCAAUUUAUAUGUAAUUAUUCAUAAGUGUAAAUUUUGUAAAUAAAUAUUUAAUGUUUAUUUAUAAUUUAUAUUGAAUAACAUCGAUUUAGAGCUUUGUUUAAGAAUAUCUAUCUGUAUAAUGAUUGUGGUAGAAUCUUUUAAUGUAUCAAAUUAGUUAUCUUAAGUUUAAAAUUUUGCUCAAUUGCUAGACGGUAUUAUUUCUACUCCAACUUCUAUUUCGUCAUAUUAUUCCACGUAUACAGAAGAUUCUAAUUUUGAAUCAUUUUUAAGCAAAGCAUGUCAUUAACCUUAGACUAUUGAACACUUCAAAUAGUCCAAGAAUUUAACUUAGUUUUCAAAAUUAGUUAUGUAUAUAUUGCAUUUGUGAUCAUGCAAUUAUUAUUUAUUAAAAUAUUGUUAUGAAAA